UUCAGCAAGUUUCUGUCGGUCCAAACGGUCAUGAAAAAUCCAUUCCUCGUAGCAAUGGACAGGGACAGGAUAAAUCACAUGCUUCAGCUUCAUCAAGGAAGUCAAGUGCUGCAGAAGGCUCUUGAGCACAGGCAUUGUAAUGGGAUUGAAGGCAAAGCUAAGGACACGGAGAAUGUUUGCCAAGUAAUCUAAAAGAGGAACUGGGAUUGUGAUCCCACUGCGAUGAGAAGGAAAACUUCACCAAAAUACCCAAUGCACUUUCAGGUUUGCUCUACAAGACACUAUGUCUGGGAGACAGCAACAACAAAAAUGUUUUUAUCCAUCGAAGAAAUAUGGGACAUACAAAAAUGAAGAAUACAGUGAUGGUGGUAGACCACCUCAAGGAAGAAAGAAAGGUUGGAGUUCUUUCCCAGGUAAUUCUGGCGAGAGGAGCCCUCGUUAUGAACGCGAUGGGUGUGAGCCUCAGCCUUCAAACCUCCAGGAGGAUGAUGGAAACGUGGUGAAGAGGGAUGUCCAGGAGGACCCCGAAGUAAGACACUCUCCCUGUACCAUCCGAGGCAACAAGAGAGGAGUGAGAUGGCAAAGUGAAGGCCACAUUCAUACUACUGUGUGGAGAAACAGAAAACCUCUGGAGAGGGAAAUGGGGGAGAACACACAAGAUGGAACCCCAGGGAGCUGGUUCAGGGUCACAAUUCCUUGUGGGAUAAAGUAUGACAAGACAUGGCUAAUGAAGUCAAUCCAGAGCCAUUGCAGUGUCCCGUUCACUCCAGUGGACUUCCACUUUAUGCAAAAUGGGGCUCAGUUCUUUGUCCAGGAAGCUAGCACUGCCUCUGCAUUGAUGGAUGUCAGCUACAAGAUUCGUGACGAGGAGAGCCGAAAGAUACCUGUCUUUGUCAGCCCCUCCGCUGUUCCCUACUCUGUGCGGGAUAAGUUGAAGCCAGAAGAAAUGGAGCAGCUAAAGCUGACCUUGAGCAAACGAUUUGAUGUCUCCCAGCAAGCUCUUGACCUCCAGAGGCUCCGCCUUGACCCAGACUUGGUGGGCUAUGAUAUUGAUAUAUUUCUGAAUCGAAGAAGCUGCAUGGCUGCCACCCUGCAGGUCAUCGAAAAGUAUUUCCCUGAGCUGUUGUCCUUGAACUUGAGCAGCAACAAACUGUACCAGCUGGAUGGCCUGUCUGACAUUAUACAGAUGGCCCCCACGGUCAAGAUCCUGAACCUCUCCAAAAAUGAGCUGACGUCUGUGUGGGAGUUGAGCAAGAUGCAAGGGCUGAAGCUUGAAGAGCUGUGGCUGCAAGGGAACCCAUUAUGUGACACCUUCCCAGACCAGUCCACCUAUGUAAGGGCCAUCAGAGAAUGUUUCCCGAAGUUGUUACGCCUGGAUGGCCAGGAGUUACCGUCACCAGUGACCGUUGACGUUGACACUCCCUACAUAGUAAAGCUCUGCAAGGGAAGCUACUUUGGAUCUGAUGAGCUGAAGAGCCUAGUCCUGCAAUUCCUGAAGCAGUACUACUUGAUCCAUGACUAUGGAGACAGACAGGUUCUCGCGGGUGCUUAUCACGAGGAGGCCUGCUUCUCCCUGAUGAUUCCCUUCCACCCCGAGGACCCAGCCCCAAGCAGCUUGUGCAAGUAUUUCAAGGACAGCAGGAAUAUGAAGAAGCUCAAGGACCCCUACCUGCGGGUCCAGCUGCUGAAGCACACAAAACGUGUCAUUGUGCACACCCUCUGUGUGUUGCCCAAGACUCAGCAUGCCUUCAGCUCCUUCGUGGUGGACACGUGGUUCCAGACGGAAACGAUGCUCUGCUUCUCCGUCAGUGGGGUGUUCAAGGCAGUGGAAGGAAGUUCUCAGGGCUGUGUGCGUGCCUUCACCCGGACCUUCAUCGCUACCCCUGCCCGCUACACCAGUCAUCUGACAGGUCCAUUUGAGGUGACAUGGAGUUCCUGCUUCAUGAAGACCUUCUCUGCCAAUCAGGGGGAGCCUGGAUCCAUACCCACAAGAGACAGAAAAGAGUAGAGACCGAGCUAUCAAGACAAACACAGGACCAAGACUCUGGUCCAAAUGCCUAAUUCUCUUGACUUAGUGAAAUGGUUUUCACAUAUUUCUCACAUGACGGUCACUUCUUUUCUGGGUUCCUCUUACACCUGACGCUCAAAUAUGAUCCCUUUCUCUCUCUCCUGUCCACAAACAUAUACCCACAAUAAAUUCCUCUAAAAGCUAGUGGUGAAGAAAAGUUUUCUAAAUAUGGCUUCAAAUCCAGAAGCAAUAAGGGAAAACCAUAGUACACCUGAUUUCAUUAAAAAUUGUAAGGCAGAAAGCAUCCCAUCAGCAAAUUAAACUGAAAAAUUACAAAUUGGGAAACAUACAACUUACAUUAAUGACAAAGGUUAUCUACCUUGUAGUAGAAAGAUUAUGAAAAAGCAAGGGCAAAUUAGAACAUUCUGAAGGAGAAAGGGCACUAGAUACAAAAAGAAUUUCCCCGAAAAAUGUUCCUUAAACAUGUUAAAAAGUGUGAAACCUAACUCUGGAUUAAGAGAUGCAAAGAAAAAAACAAACAAACCAAAAAGCCGAGAUGCCUCUUCUCAUCAUUUACAUAGUCAGUGAAGAAAUAGGCAAUCACGUACAUUGCUGGUGGCAAUGUAACAUGGUAUAACUCCUAGCCAGGGGAUUUGAUACGGUGUUAUGAAAUUACCAGGGUACUUACCCUUGGAACCAGCAAUGUCUCUCCUAAGAAUCUAUCCCAAACUAACAAUGUAAAAAGACAUAAACACAAAGCCAUUCCUGCCAGAACAAUUCAUACAGCAGAAGGCCAGAAACAAGACAUAUCCACCAAUAAGGGGCUGGUUGAAUAAACUGUGGUCCAUCUACAUCUGAGAGGACUGUGCAGCUGUAAAAAGCAAUGAAGACUCCUUCUCUGUACUGUUGUGGAGUCAUCUCCAGGAUAUAUUGUUCAGUGAUAAAAGCCAGGUGCAGAAAAGUGUGUGGAGCUGCUGCUGUCCAAUAUGACGGCCACUAGCCUCAAGUAGCUAUUUACAGUAAAUUAAACUCAAAUUACAUGAAAUUAAAAAAUCAGUUACUCAGAGUUGCCACGUUUUAGGUGCUAAAUGUUCAAUUCCUGAAUAAGACUCAGGUACUUAAUGACUGCUGUGUUGAACAGCACAGAUACAGAACAUUCCCAUCUCCACAGAAGUUUCUGUUGGAGAGCACUGGUGUAGAAUAUGACAACUUUUACGUAUGAAACGGGGAGAAAACAAAUGUAUGUUAUAUUUCCUUAUAUUUUAAGAACUGUACAGUUAAUACAAAAGAUAAAAAUGCGUACCUAUAAGGGGACAGAAGAGCAGCCCAGGAUGCAAGCCAAUGACGUAGAUUCUCUUAAAUAUGAAACCUAUAUUACUGGCUCUAUGCACUGAAAGGGCAAGAAACAAUGACCAACAAAGUAGUAAUCAGCAACUGUAGUUCCUAGACUGAAUUUCCCACUAAAAGGAACCAGGCUUCCUUGGAGAAAUGCCUGAUUUUUGGUCUAGGUAAGGAUUGUACCAGGUGAGUCUGGACGGAACUCUCAUACCAGAAAUUAUAUCAAAAAGACUCAUAACCUCAGGGCCUCCCAUUGGCCAAAGAUAGAACAAUUUGAACAUCAAAAACAUUAAUGACUAUCAUGCACUAAAACACGUCAAAUAUAGAAACAUCUAUGACACUCUAAAAAAAAAGCCAACAAAACCAACUCACUGCUCACCUUUGAGAAUCCUAGGGAAACACCUGAUUUUUGAAAGUGCAAAUAUUGCCAGUGAACUGUAUAUACACCUUGCCUUUCCUGUGCUUGUUAUACCUACGCAUAGUUGUUGAGGGAAGAAUUCUUUUAUAAAAGAAUUUCUGCCAAUACAUGCAGAAGCAAUUAAAGAAUUUGUACGUCAUGCUUUUGCAACCUUUUAUGAAAUGUAGCUCUAGGCAAUGAUCAUUAGAGGCUGCAAAAAAGGGAUGUGAAAAGCAGAUGGGAAAUUUUAUAAAAGCUGUGUCACAGUAUCUCUGAAUUUGCCUUUCCUCACUUGUAAAAUGGGAACAAUUCUAUCCAUAUUAGACAAUUACUGUGAGGAGCAAAAGGUCAAUCGGGCAGAUGAUACAUAUAGUGCUGAAUAGGGAUGAAUAGUCUUAUCUCAUACCUGACCUUCCUUUAAAGGAGAUUCCCUUGAUACAAUCUAAACAGCAUGAUUAUAAGACAAUAAUGUGGAAAUAUUAAAUGGAAGGGAAACGUAUAAGUUUUCAUUACAUAUUCACUUCAGUGUCAUUUCUCUGUGCUGGAGUCAUUUCUCAGAUAAUUUAGGAGAAAGGAAAACGGACUCCAGCAUUUCCAUUGGGUGUGUGAAAGAAAACCAUUGGUCCAUUUCACAUUAUUUCAUAUCUUUUCCCAUUCCACUUUUAAUAAUUAUGUUAAUUUCUUAAGAAUAACAUGUGUACUCAAACGAACUUAUCUAUCAAACAGAAACAGACUCACAGACAGGGAACACACUUGUG